AUGGAGAGCAGGAAUCACACAAGCGCUUCUGAGUUUAUCCUCCUAGGGCUCUCCAGUCAGCCAGAGAGGCAGGAGCUAGUCUUUGGGCUCUUCCUUGCCAUGUACCUGGUUGGCACUGCAGGGAACUUGCUCAUGAUCCUGGCCAUUGGCUCAGAUGUCCGUCUCCACACUCCCAUGUACUUCUUCCUCAGCAACCUCUCCCUGGUAGAUUUCUGCUUCAUUUCUGCCACAGUCCCCAAGAUGCUUGUGAACAUCCAGACACAGACUCAGUCCAUCUCCUACAGAGGCUGCCUAGCCCAGAUCUACUUCUGCAUCCUGCUUGCCAACAUGGACAACUUCCUCUUAACAGCAAUGGCCUAUGACCGCCAUGUGGCCAUCUGCCAUCCCCUGCAUUACUCCUCCAAGAUGAGUCUGCAUGUCUGUGCCCUGAUGCUGGGAAGCUCAUGGCUCAUUGCCAGCCUCCACUCCCUAUUACACACCCUGCUCAUGGCACGGCUGGACUUCUGUGCCAGCAACAUUAUCCCUUACUUCUUCUGUGACCUCCUUCCCCUGCUCCAGCUCUCCUGUUCCAACACCCAGCUCAACCAACUCAUGAUCCUGCUGGUGGGGGGCAUGAUCGUCCUCAUGCCCUUCCUUGGCAUUCUUGUCUCCUACACACGCAUUGUGUCGGCUGUGCUCAGGAUCCCAUCUGCCCGUGGUAAACAAAAGGCCUUCUCCACCUGUGGCUCCCACCUGACUGUGGUCAUCCUCUUCUAUGGGACUAUCACAGGGGUCUAUCUGAGCCCCUCAUCCUCCCACUCUGCUGACAAGGAUUCACUGGCUUCAGUGAUGUACAUGGUGGUGACUCCCAUGCUGAAUCCCUUCAUCUACUGCUUGAGAAACAAAGACAUUAAAGGAGCCCUAAGGAAACUGUUCAGCCUGAAAGCUUUAUUCUGUGGACUAUGA